UCACACACGCACUCGAAGCCCGGGAACAGGCUCCUGCAGAGGGCGUGAGGGCCACAAAUGCCGCCCGACUUGGCCGUCUCGGCGCACUCGUUGAUCGCUGCCACACACGCACACAGAGAGAGAGGGAGAGAGAGAGAGAGAGAGAGAGGGUGAGACAUGAUCCGGAGGGCGGUGUGUGUGGAUGCGUAUGCGUCUGUGGGAUUGGCAUGUGCCAGGCUGGCUGCCUUCUCGGUACCCCGCCCCACAGCCGCAUUCGAAUCCGCCAGGCGUGUUGCGGCACUCCUGCCCGCACGUAUUGAGCGUGCUGUCCUCGCACUCGUCUAUGUCUAAACACACGAACACACACACACACACACACAUUCCUGCCUCCUGUCUGUGUCUCUGCGCUGCAUCAUGGCUGUCGUGACGCACCGAUGCACGCGUGGCGGUCGUCCGCGAGCUUGUAGCCCUUGUCGCACUCGCACCUGUAGCUCUUGGGGAGGUUGAUGCAGGUGUGGUCGCACAGAGAGGUGCCCUCCGCGCACUCGUCGACGUCCACACACUGGUUCUUGACGACGUCGUAGAACUCCCCCUUGCUGCAGCGGCACUCGUGGGAGCCCUCCUUGUUGAUGCAGCUCAGGCUGGCCGGGCAGAUGUUGGGCGUCAGACACUCGUCGAUGUCUGCCAUGAAGACAUCGUUGAUCAU